UCGCGACACUUCUCCGCCCUCUGUGGUUCUUGUUCCUUGACGCGGUGGUGACAUUGGAUUCAUUUUCCGGACCGUUGCUCUGGCUGUCGUGUUGCCGAACCAAGCGGAUCAUUAAUGAUAUCGAAAGGGAGAGUCCACGGUAAAGGUUCCAGGAUGUCGCUGGAGGGGCUGGCGGCGAGUGGCUUUAAGCAGUGCCAGCAGGCCCAGGAUCAGCUGGAGGACACCAUCGGCGCCGUGAUGAAGGCGGAGCAGCAGCUGAGGGAGAAUGCCAGAGAGGUGCGCUCAGAGUUGCAGAGCUGCGUGAGCCGCCAGCAGGAGGCGCUGCGCUGCAGGGAGGUGUGGCUGCUAGGUCAGAUCGAGCUGCUCGAACAAGUGAAGACGGAAACUCUGCAACAGCAGCUGCACCAGCUGCACCGGCUCCGAGGUCAGUUUGACGUGAUCGCCUACCAGCUGCAGAACUCCAGCAGCAACGACCUGAACAACCAGCUGACCAGCUGCAUGGAGAACACACACACACACACACACACACACUGUGUUAGUGGAUCUUUCAGGCGUGUUCUCUCUCCUUCCUGUUUACAGCUUGUGGACGGUAUGUCCUCUCAGAGCUCCACCCACCUGAGACCUCAGGUGCAGAGUUGUCCAAUCACAGCGAAGAAGCAGCAGGUGGCUGAGCCCUCCUCUCUGAGCGAUUGGCUGCUAGAAUCUCAACCCGCCAACAGCUUCGCUCCCAUUGGCUACCAGUCUAGCACAGACCCGCAGGAUUGGCUGCUGACACAGAAGGAGAGUAAGCAGACUUCCUGUCCCGUGAUGGCUUCCACGAACUUCAUGAAAGCCUGGGGUCAGCUCAGGGACCUGGAGGCGUGGCUUAUUCAAGACCACUCCCCCAACCGGGAGAGAAGCGUCAGCAGCUGUAGCUCCUCCUUCUCCAUCGAGAAGAUCGACGAAAUGGAGCUGUCCGCCGCCGCUGAGGAGGAGGAGCUUAACGACUGGCUUGUUACCCCGCCUACUGCUGCCAUGGAGACCAUGUCGGACGCCGAACGUUGGCAGCGUGUCUUCAAGCCGUUUGAAGAAAGCUGGUCAACCGAUGAUUGGCUGUCGCCAGCGAGCCGUUCAGUCGGCGACUGCUCGUCGUGCUGUCAGACCAUCAGCGCCGUGGAGAUCGAAAACCUCGGCAAGCUCAAGUGCCUGAAGACCACGCCUACCUCAGGCGCCACCUCGCCCACUUCUCCCGCCCCCGUGUCGAUGCCAGCGUCUCUGGAGGCGUGGUUGCAGAAGACGCCGCCGACGCCGCAGACCUGCCGCGCCAACGAGCUCUGCUCCGCCUACUCGGCCUGCGUCUGCGAGGAGAACUGCGGCAAGGAUGCGCUGAGCCGCUGGCUGCUGCAGCAGGAGGACCGCGACAAGAAUGGCGUCCCCAAGAACGCCCCGCCCACUGCCAAGAACGCCACGGCCACACCCUUCCACCGAGAGCAGGAGCAGAAGGUUCAGGCCAUCCUGGAGGCGUGGCUCCACCCCAGCUCCUCGCUCUCCGGCGGGGUGGCAGCUGAGGAGGAGAAGGCGAGCCGGGAGGAGAACGGUUCCUCCUCGUCGCUCUUCCAGAGCCCCCUGGAGACGGACCUGUGGCUAUUUCCACGGAAGAGCCCGGCGCCCGUUUCCGUAUCGCCGCCGCAGGAGGAGGAGGAAGAGGACAAGUGGCUGCUGAGGAAGAGGAGUCAAGCUCAGGAACGCCUCGCUGUGGCGCUGCCCACCAUGUGUGACCUGUUCUCUUGCAUGAAGGUGGGCGGAGACAAAGAGAAGUGGCUGCACAGAUCUCCCGUACAGAUGUGACGAUGACGACGAUGCUUCUUCUUCUCUUCUGGAGUCACUUUAUCGCUGAUCAGCGCACACGAUCUCAUCUGUCUAACCGUCGUCGCUGACGCCUUUUUCUCCUUUCUGUGACAUCAUCGUGCCGCCACCCACCAUUGAUCAGUCAGCAGCAGCCUAAAGCCCCUUUCAGAUGUAGCUGGCCCCGCCCUUUGAUUAACGUGGCAGGAAGCAGGAUGUAGGAAAGGGGCCUCAGCAGUUUCAUCGGGUGAAAGUUUAUGGCCACAGAGGGUGUGGUGAGACGUUUCAGCUUCCAAUCAAUAACCGAUCAGUCACCAAUCAAUAAUCAGCAUUUAGAGCUGCGAGUGUUUCACUUAUUGUGGAAGAGGGGGCGGGACUAUAUGAAGAGUGUGUGGGUGUAUUUUAAACAUAAAUUAGACUUUAUUUUAUAAUACGACUGAUGUCACUUCCUUUAACCACUUUUUUUUCUAAAACCUGCUGACAUCACAGAGGCACUUCCUGUCUGGCCUGCAGGCUUCCAUCCUGUAACGUGGUUUGUUGGCUUUGUUGGAAGAAGCUGUGCAGGCUGGUCACGUGACUCUGGUCAGCGAUUGGUGCUUUCCAUUGCAGCUCUCAUGUGAGGCGGGGGGGGUUUAUCACAUAUAGCUGUGAUGUCAUCACUUUUUUCCUGCUGUGAUUCUCUACAGUAAUAAAGUUUUCUGACAUCA